AUGGUUGCAGAGUUCAUCUUUAGAAGAGUAUUUUGGAAUGAAAAUGAAAAUUCCACCCUGUCAGUCCUUGGAGCUGUGCUCGUCAUAAUUUUAGGUAAAACAGUUUCCUUGGGACCAGUUGUGUUACUUGAUACUACAACUGCCCUGGGAGAACUAGGAUGGAAAACAUUUCCCUUAAAUGGGUGGGAUGCCAUAACUGAAAUGGAUGAGCACAACCGUCCCAUUCACACUUACCAGGUGUGCAAUGUGAUGGAGCCCAACCAGAACAACUGGCUGCAAACCAACUGGGUCUCCCGCGACGCCGCGCAGAAAAUCUACGUGGAGUUGAAGUUCACCCUGAGGGACUGCAACAGCAUUCCCUGGGUGCUGGGGACCUGCAAGGAAACGUUCAAUCUCUACUACAUGGAGUCAGAUGAGCCUCACGGAGUAAAAUUCAAACCAAACCAGUACACUAAAAUUGAUACCAUAGCUGCUGAUGAGAGCUUUACCCAGAUGGACUUGGGCGACCGCAUCCUCAAGCUCAACACCGAAGUUCGUGAAGUUGGGCCGAUCAACAAGAAGGGAUUUUACCUUGCUUUUCAGGACAUUGGAGCGUGCAUUGCUUUGGUGUCAGUCCGUGUGUAUUACAAGAAGUGCCCUUUCACGGUCCGUAACUUGGCCAUGUUUCCUGACACCAUUCCAAGGGUGGAUUCUUCCUCGCUGGUGGAAGUACGGGGCUCCUGCGUGAAGAGCGCUGAGGAACGGGACACCCCAAAGCUGUAUUGUGGGGCAGAUGGGGAUUGGCUGGUGCCUCUGGGACGAUGCAUCUGCAGCGUGGGGUAUGAAGAACUGGAUGGUUCCUGCCAUGAAUUACUUUAUGUGAUGCAGCACUGAAUUCCUUCACAGAUGGACUGUUCUUGUUCUUCCAGUAUCUGAGGAUAAUUAUCAUAGCAAUUAGAUGAAGAGAUUGGUUUCCAAUUCACGUGGGAUACGGGGUGAUUUAGAUUGAUCGAGUAAGAACUGACAUGGUUUUGAGUCUCAGGCUUGUGUUUUGGGGGCUUCUUUUUGCAUAAUUAUAUUUUCAAAUAUUUUUGAAACCUCUGCCAAAGCAUUCUUACCAUUUAAUGCUCUCAGAACAUAUGCUUAUAGUCUCCAGUGCUUUCCAAAUACCUCCAGCAUUGUCAUUUUGUCUUAAUCCCAGACUGUUAAUUCUGAAAAAUGUUGAGCGAAUUUUAGAGGCUGCUAAACAUUGUUAUUGUGCCAGUUAUUUUUCAACUGAACUUGUCAC